AUGGCAACAAUACAGAAGAAAACAGUCCUGAUUACCGGCUGCAGCACCGGCGGCAUCGGCUGGGCAAUGACCAAGGUCUUUCUCGAGCGGGGCUUCCACGUGUUCGCUACAGCCCGCGAUCCGUCCAAGGCUGCCGACCUCUCGGCGCUAAGCAACGUGGACAUCCUCGAGCUAGAUGUCACCGUUCCGCAGACCAUCUCGCAGUGCAAGGACACGGUCACCAAGCGCACGGGCGGGAAGCUCGAUGUGCUAGUCAACAACGCCGGAGUCGAGCUCCAAACCCCGCUGCUGGAUGUCGACAUCACCGAGGCCAAGAAGCUAUACGACGUCAACGUCUGGGGCCCUCUCGCCUUGGUCCAGGCGUUUGCCCCCUUGCUGAUUGAGGCUAAGGGACUUGUCGUCAACCAAAGCUCCAUUGACGCUGUCCUGUCUAUGGCGUGGGCGGGCGUCUUCGCCAGCUCCAAAGCAGCCCAGGCGCGCCUCUCGGAAACCUUGCGGCUCGAGAUGGAACCGCUGGGCGUGCGCGUUGUGACAGUCAUGUGCGGGUCUGUCGACACGCCCAUGUUCGGCAAGCCUGGUGGUCAGAUGAAGCUGCCCGAGACGUCGUACUAUUACAACGUUUCAGACGCGGCAUACAAGGAGCGAAUGGACCACCAAGGCAAAGCUAUGAAAGUCGACGUGCUUGCCGCUAAGCUGGUCAAGGACAUUCUCGGCGGCGCCAGGGGCCCGAUCUGGCGUGGGGCGCUUGCUUCACUUGUGCAAUUCAUUACCUGGGCCUUCCCUGGGUGGUAUGUCGACAAGUUAGUCAACGGCGAACGGGGCUUGGAGCAUGUCAAACGUUUAUAG